AUGGUUACAAUUAGAAAAAGGAAAUUGUUAUAUUUCGUGAUCUUCUCAUUGACAUGCAUCUUGUUUCUAUUACAUCUGCUAAAUAGUGGUGGGAUUUAUCGUGGCAGUAAUGAUUCCAAGCUGUCCGAUAGCAGCAGCAAUAAUAAUAAUAAUAACGAUUGGUCAUUUAAAUCGCUCACAGAACGAUUCGACUUUUCAUACUUGCCCAACCUAAGUAACAACCUCAAGUCAUCCUACAAUCAGCUAAACUUAAUCUCGGACCCAGGGUUGGAAAAGAAAGGAUAUAUAUUAGAGCCGGGCAAUGUCAAGUUCAAAUUUAUCAAUAAUGUAAAGAAAAGAGGUACUCCAGAGCAAGUUAUUAAUGAGAAUAUGGAAAAGUAUAGACAGCUAAUGAACAAAGAGAUUGGAAAGCCUCAGGACGCGUCGUUAGUGCCGCCUCCCGACGACUCGCAUGAAUAUGAUAAAAAAAGAGCAAACGCAACUAUUCUUGCACUUGUGAGAAAUGAGGAGUUGAUAAAAAUUGGGCAAAGUAUAAAAAAGUUUCAGAGGCUGUUUAAUUCGAAAUUCAACUAUCCGUAUACGUUUAUCAAUGAUCAGCCAUUUACUGAAAGAUUCAAGCAACGAAUCACCAAGUAUACAGAAAAUGCACCAGUUGAGUUUGUAGUGAUAAAGCCUGAACAAUGGAAUAAACCAAGCUUUAUCGACGAGGCAAAAGAAGCUAAGGAAAUGCAGCUAAUGCAUGACCACAAUAUCGCUUAUGCAAAGAAAGCAUCGUACCAUAACAUGUGUCGUUUUUACCUGGGACAAUUCUAUAAUUUACCAGAGUUGCAAAAAUACAAGUAUUAUUGGAGGAUAGAACCGCAAGUGAAAUUCUUUACCGACGUCCAGUAUGACGUGCUUAAAUACAUGGAAGAUACUCAAAAGAUUUAUGGUUUCACAGUGAGCUUGUAUGACAUAGAAGAGUCCGUCAAAACACUUUGGCCAGAAACGUUGAAAUUUCUCAAUCAAGGAGAUAAUUACAAAUAUGUAAACCCCAAUGGUAGUUUCCAAUGGCUUGUGGAAAACUUGCAAAAUCCCAAGAAGAACAAGAUGGCUGGCGGUUACUCAACAUGUCAUUUCUGGUCCAAUUUUGAGAUUGGCGAUAUGGAUUUCUUUAGGAGUGAGGCAUAUAGUACUUGGUUCAAAUAUCUAGAUUCCACUGGUGGAUUCUAUUACGAAAGAUGGGGCGAUGCACCUGUUCAUUCUAUUGGAGUUAGUCUUUUUGCAGACAAGUCCAAAAUCCACUGGUUUAGAGAUUUGGGCUAUAAUCAUGACCCCUAUUUCAACUGCGCCAGAACUCCUUGGACAUCGGCUUGUACAGUGGCAAGAUUUUCAAGAUAUGAGCAUUUGAAUAAGGAAAAUUGUGUUAUCAAUUGGUUGGAGUAUGAUGAAAUAAAAGACGUUUAUUGA